AUGAAGAUGGAGUUGGGAAGAGACGCAGAGUGGCACACCAUGAUUCAAGAGACGAGCGUGAGUGAACUAAUGACAGUCAGCAAGGAGGAAAUUCGGUAUGAAAAUGACCUGAAAAUAGACUCGGACUUGACUCUCCCCACUCCAAAAGCUGAUGUUGGUGUGGCUCAUUCUGGGGAGAAUUACAGACCCCAGAUUGAAACUUCACUGCCCGAGGAUGCUACAGGCAACCCCGGAGACCUGGACAAGCAGGCCCAGUUGGGAAGCUUACCUGGAGCUAUUGCAGAAAGUUUCCCAUCUCCUAGUGAAAGAAAUGGAAGACUAAAUUCAGACCUAGCGAUCAAUGGAUUAAUCCAUAAACCCCAACCCUUAGAGAAUCGAGAGCGACAAAAGUCAUCAGACAUUCUGGAGGAGUUAAUUGUUCAAGGAAUAAUACAGAGCCACAGCAAAGUAUUUAGAAAUGGAGAAUCAUAUGAUGUCAUGGUGAGCACUGCCGAGAAGCCGCUGAGAAAGCCACCAGCCAGGCUGAAAAAACUUAAGAUCAAGAAGGAAGGAAAAGAUUUCACGAUGAAGGACAUAGAAGAGAAGAUGCGGGCAGUGGAGGCACGCAGGAAGACUAAAGAAGAAGAAAUAAGAAAAAGGCUACAGAGUGACAGACUUCCUCCCCCAGCCCAUCAUUCAGAUUCAGCUGAACCGGUUGGGGAGGAGGUUCCAUUUGCAAAAGGACUCAAAACCGUGAGUUGUGCCAUAUUUGAACCGUCUGACCUGCAGGAAGGAAAACUGCUGAAAAGGAAGAAGAGUAAAAGUGAAACUACCUCUGAUGAUAGAAACUACAGUUAUGAAAAUAUCGGGGUUGUGGAAUCAGACACGUCCUACAACCAAGCAGACGACGUAUUCUGAUAAGACUUAAGCCAUUUUAUGUGAAUUUCAAGAAAAGACAUCCAUUUCCCGGGGUGUGACAUUCUUAGUCUGUCCUGUGUUUUCUUUGACUGCCUGACCCCUCACCCCCUGGGAUGUGCCUCGGGACUCAGGAAUGAUUGUGUGAGCUGCCUGGGCUGGAGCUUAGUUGAGUAGACUAAACGGCUAGGCUAGCUUUCAAAAAAAAUAAAAGGAAAAUUUGACCAA